UUUUCGGUCGGUGCUUUGCUGCAGCUACCAGCUACUCAGCCAGUAUGAACUGCAGUCGGCUGGGUGGCAGCGGCACCUGAGUUGUCUGCCGAUCGCCCCCACUUCUCCUUUCUCUCUUCCCCCACCCCUCAGGGCUCGGAAAUGACUGACUGGAACAAGAACAUGGAAGUUAAGCACGACCGCCUGCCGGAGGAGCCUUACGAUCAGCUGAAAUUAAAACCUGGGGCCAGGGAAGCGACCCAGAGCGCUCCCCGGGGGACUACCAACUUGUACAGCGCGGCCAAAAAGAAGGAUUACACUGUGUCGGUCUACCUCAAUCACAGGACGAAAAGCGAGCAUUCACAGCAGAAGUGCAUCGUAGGGUUUGCCCUGGUGUGCUGUUUUGCCAUCUCUGUUGCACUGAUAUUUUCAGCUGUGGAUAUUCCAGGUACCAGCAGCGACACAGAAUUAAUUACAGAGGACAACUGCAAUAGGAACUGCCGAAUCCACCUUGUGGAAAACAUUCCCGAUGGGCUGGAUGACAUUGACAACACUACUAGGCGCAUCUCAUUGUUCCAGGGGUGGAUGGAUUUGCUGGAUACUGCACUGCACAGUGUUGAUAUUGUCUCUUCUAAUUGGGCUCUGAGAAUUGGGAAACUGGACCACAAUCAUUCAUUUUCCCACAGGGGUGAAAAGAUAUUUGAGAAGCUGCUUCAGCUGCAGUCUCGUAACAUUGGCCUGCGAGUCCCAGUCAAUAAGUUCCAGUCUGAGUCCCAGGAUAUAAAGGAUCUGAAAGCCAAUGGUGCUUUGGUGAAAUACAUCAACAUGACUCCCAUUAUUGACGGCAAGCUUCAUUCUUCUUUUUGGGUGGUGGACAAGAAGCACAUUUACAUUGGCAGUGCCCACAUGGACUGGCGUUCUCUGACUCAGAUGAAAGAGCUGGGUAUUGUCGUGUACAACUGUAGCUGCCUGGCUCUGGAUCUGCACAAGGUGUUCUCAGUGUAUUGGCAGCUGGAGUACCGAGACUCAGUGCCCAAAAUCUGGUCAAAGAAACUGUUCGCCAUCUCCAGUAAGCAUACGCCUCUCAAGUUACAGCUGAACGAGGCUGAAGCUGAGGUCUACCUGGCUACUUCUCCUAAACUCCUGUGCCCCAAUGGUCGCACCAUAGACAUUGAUGCUGUUCUCAGUGUUAUUGCCAGUGCUAGGAGAUUUAUACAUGUAGCUGUCAUGGAUUUUCUGCCUCUCAUCAACAACACCAAUGCUCAGAGGUACUGGCCUACGAUAGAAAAGGAGCUGCGGGAAGCUCUCUUUCUACGCAAUGUGAAGGUGCGACUCUUGGUCAGCUGCUGGAAGGAAACAUACGCACCUAUGCUCAACUUUCUGUGGUCCCUCAAAAUGUUCUGCAUUGAGCCCAUCAACUGCAGCUUUGACGUGAAAUAUUUUGUAGUUCCGCCUUCCGAAGGGGAAGAGGUCAUAUUCUCCAGCGUUAAUCGCAACAAGUACAUGGUGACGGACAAGGCAUCAUAUAUCAGUACCUCUGACUGGGUUGGGAAUGACUAUAUGAAAAACACGGGGGUGAGCCUGGUCAUUGAGCACAGACGGAGCAGAUGGCUGAAGGACACGACAUCAAUUCACGAGGAACUACAAGCGGUGUUUGAGAGAGACUGGAAUUCCAAAUAUGCCCAAAGUUUAGAAAUAAAUACCUUUCUAGAAUGCUUGAACCUUAAAAAAUAUCAACACACUGCAUCUUAAUUUAGCCUGGAGGAAGUGAUACCAGUUUAUUUGAGGUAGGGGCAGUGGAGCAGAAGGUGUGCAGGAGGUAGAUGGGGGGGAAGAUAGAAUCCAGGAGUACAAGAUUUUUUGACUUGAGAAUUGGGUUAAGGAGAAACAUUUUAUCUAAUCUACUUCCAAAUUGACUGAAGUAAUUACGUAUGGUAAAAAUCCGGCAUUUUGGUGGUUCUGGACUGGCAGGUUUUCUGGACUAUUGGAUGUUAUUGCUAUUAAUACAACAGCACACUUACAAUUCAUUUAUUUAGACAUAUCAGGGUAUUAUAGUACAUCUUCCAGUGAACCUGAUAAGUUUAAAGGGAGUGUUGGAACAGGGGCCCCAGUGAGUUUCAGGGGAACUUGGUCCACGGUGAGUUUUAGGGAAGCUUGGGAAUUGGGGUCCCGAUGAGUUUCAGCAGAGUCAGGAAACACCACCUGUGAGCCUGAUUCCAAACCAAUGGGAUUUUUGAAUCAUCAAAUAACAGAUUAUCAGGGCUUUACUGUAAUAAUAUAAACUUUCAGUGGUCGUACAAUGGUCUGGAUAACCUCUCCAUGUAACCAGAGAGCAGUGACUUAGCUACGUGGGUUUAAAAUGGUAUAAAUUAAAUGAGUUGAAACCUUAUCGAACAAUUGACAUAAGGCAUUCCCAUUUUUAUAACUGGGGCACUUGUUUUCAUCAGAUUUAAGUCUGUGUAAUUAACAUUACACUGCACAAUUACAACCCAAAUGGAGCCAAUCUGAAGCUCUCUGGAUAUGAUUAUUUGUGAAUAGACUCUCCAUCUAUACAGAUGUCUCCAUCUAUUUUUUUCUCUCUGUUUUCUCUACUGACAUUUCUGGUCGUGAUGUAAUACUUGCAGCUGAUUCUCCUCUACUGGGCUGGCUACUAAAUAGAAUAAUGCUCCAAUUACUAUCCACUGCACAGAUUAGCAGCUCCAGUUACAACCCGAGUAGAACAGCUCUCCAACAAAUACCUGCUAAAUAGAAUAGCAAUCCUAUUGUUAUAACUGCUUAUAGAACACAACAUCACCCCAUUUCCAAUGCAUUCAAGUUUGUAGCAUAAGUGAAUCUGUACUUCAGCACUUAUUUCAUUCACAUUUCAUUUUAUUGCAUUCAAUUCUGGUUGCCCCAUUAUGGGAAGGAUGUGGAGGCUUUGGAGAGGGUGCAGAAGAGGUUUACAAGGAUGCUGCCUGGAUUAGAGGGUAUGUACUGUAAGGAAAGGUUGGACAAACCUGAGUUGUUUUCUGUGCAGAGGCUGAGGGGAGAAUUGAUAGAGGUUUAUAAGAUUAUGAGAGGCAUAGAUAUGAGUAGCCAGCUGGUAUCUUUUUCCCAGGGUCAAAAUGUCUAAUACUAGAGGGCAUGCAUUUACGGUGAGAGGGGGUAGGUUUUUUUUACACUGGUGCAGGGCAGGUUUUUUUACACAGAGAGUGGUGGGUGCCUGGAAUGCACUGCUGGGGUGGGAGUGAAGGCAAAUAUGAUAGAGGUGUUCAAGAGGCUCUUAGAUAGGCACGUGAAUGUGCAGAGAAGGGAGGGAUAUGGACAUUGUGUAGGCAGAAGGGAUUAGUUUAGUUAAGUAUUUAAUUACUAGUUUAAUCAGUUUGGCACAACAUCAUGGGUCGAAGGGCCUGUUCUAUGUUCUUAUUUGGACUGGAUUGUCAGAGACACCGUCAGUACUAUAGCUAGGAUCGAAGGCCAGAAGGCCAUCCAAAUGUAAUAAGGGAACUUAUUUGACCCUUUUAUCAAGACACAUUGUAAGCACAAAAGACAUGAAGCUUUUACUGUAUCUAGCCCACCCCUCGCAUCAGAGGGGCCACUUCCAGGUAUUUGGCUCACGAUCUAUUACUCCACCUGCUCCCGAGCUCCUCCACCACUAUUGACUCUCUGGCCAACUGGUGUCCGUACAGCUGACAGGUAUCACUGCUUCCUUUUCUCCCUUGUGCUUCGAUAAAUGCAAACAAUGGCUGUUAGUAAACAGGAUUAUCAUGACAGCCAGAGCACCUUUGGAAAUAGUAGCUAGACAGUGCAGCAUGGUAGAAAUUAGGACCUAGCUGUGUAGGGUCUUCUCCCAGGUAAUGUGUUGAUGAAUUCUGAGAUCAUGAUCAAUAGAUGCUGCACCCUAGGUAGGUCCUAAGUUUCAUAUGAAUAUUUUGGGGGAGUUGACAGCACCUUUGAUGCCUCCAGUUCACCCAGUUCCAAGCACAAAUGCGGAGAGUCACCACGCUUGUACAGUCAGUGAUUAGGAAGGCAAAUGGGAUGUUGGUCUUUGUGGAAUAGGGGAUGGAGUAUAAAAGUAACAAUACCGUGUAACCACUGUACAGGGCAUUGGUGAGACCACACCAGGAGUAGGCAGUCAGCUUUGGUCUCCUGAUUCAAGGAAGGAUGUGCUUGCUUUGGAGCCAGUGCAGAGAAGAUUCACUGGUUUGAUUCCUGGGAUGAAUGGGUUGAUGUAUGAAGAAAUGUGAUCUUAUUGAAAGAUAUAAGAUUCCGAGGGAACUUGACAGAGUGGAUGCGAGAGGAUGUUUUCCCUGGUGGGGGUAUCUAAAAAUAGGAGAAACAUUCAGAAUUAGGGGUCACCUAUAGCAGAUGGAAAUAAGGACGAUUUUUUUCUCCCAGAAUGUUGUGAAUCUUUGGAAUUCUCUACCUGAGAGGGUGCUGGAGGUUAAGUCAAUGAAUAUAUUCGAGAAAUGUUCGGUGUAAAGGAGGGGUAAAGGUUUAUGGGGAAAUAGGCAGGAAUGCAGAGCUGAGGCCAAUUUCCGAUCAGCCCUAACAUUGUGGAGUGACAGAGGAAGCUCAAGGAGCUGUGACCUACUCCUGCUUCUAUUUCUAACGAGGACACAAGAGACGGCAGAUGCUGUAAUCUGGAGCAAAAAAACAAACUGCUGGAGGAAACUCAGCGGGUCGAGCAGCAUCUGUGGAGGCAAAGGGAUGGCUGACGUUUCGGGUCGAGACCCUGCAUUGGGACUAACAUUCUAUCCUUUGCCUCCAUGGAUGCGGCUCAACCCACUGAGUUCCUUCAGCAGUUUGUUUUUUUGCCCUUAUUUCUAACGAGUUGCCUUAAACCUAACCCGAAUGUGACGACAGUUUUAAACCAUGAACCAUAAAUAUUGUGUGUCUGCAACCAACUGAUGAUCCCCAAAAAAAAUUGAAACAUUAUUUUUGCUGGAUGCAAGCAGCAUAUGGCUUGAAUUUCUUGGUUUUUAUUUAUGGUUCUGUUCAGGGAUGUUUAGUUGUUACAAAAUUGGGAAAGUUUGAGUCACAGAACAAUUUUUAGUCAGAUGCAUCAACUUUCAGUUUGUAUAGUAAAUCACAACAAAAUUGCUAAUGACUAAUUAAAAGGGAACUAUUCAUGCCUACCCGUGUUUUUACUAAUCGUUUUUCUCCCUUUGGCUACCCUGUCCUGUCACUGGCCAGUGCAGUUCAUUAAAUGUUCAUUGUUGGUCAGUAUCCACGCACAAUGUCCAUACUUUAAAAACUACAU